GUUUUUGUUUUCUUGUCGUUGUGUGGGGAGGGGUUUUAUUUUUUGUUGCACCUGCCGACAUCCGAAAUGUUCUCUUAUAAACUAUUAAAAUAUCAUAAAAAACUGAAUGAUGUUGGCUUCACCAAACGCUUCUACACUAAGAAAAAUCUACUUGCCUUAACGGAAAGAGGCUUUUUUCAGGAUAUAUUUCCUGAUACAGCAGGUCCUCAGAUGACCAAGAUGUUUGAGAAAACUCCCCAGACUAUAUACGCCGGUUUUGAUCCCACUGCAGAUAGCUUGCAUGUGGGAAAUUUGUUGGUUAUUAUGGGCCUGCUACAUUGCCAAAGAGCUGGGCAUCAACCUAUAGCCUUGGUGGGAGGAGCUACCGGCCUAAUAGGAGAUCCAAGUGGACGUAAAACAGAACGAAGCCAGCUGCAUGAGAAAAUUGUGGAAACAAAUCUUAAAUCAAUUAAACAGCAAUUGGAGAGGAUAUUUCAGAAUCAUCAAGAAUGCUUGUGGGACGAUACAAAACACAAAAACCCACGAUUUCCUUUAAUCAUCGUAAACAAUGCCGAUUGGUAUAGAAAUCUCAACAUUAUUGAUUUCAUCUCCAAUACCGGUCGACAUUUUCGCCUUGGGCAAAUGCUUUCGCGCUCUUCAGUACAAUCACGCCUGGAAACCGAAGGUGGUAUGAGCUUUACCGAAUUUACCUAUCAGACAUUUCAAGCAUAUGACUGGUUGCAUUUAUUGCGCGCCCAUAACUGUCGUUUUCAAAUGGGCGGCUCUGAUCAAAUGGGCAAUCUAAUGUCUGGGCAUGAACUAAUUAGUCGUGCCGAAAAGAAAAAGGAAGUUUUUGGCAUGACUUUGCCCAUAGUGACCAAUGAGGAGGGAGACAAGUUUGGCAAAUCGGCCGGCAAUGCCGUGUGGUUAGAUGCCGGCAAGACAUCUGCAUUUUCCCUAUAUCAAUUUUUUGUGCGAAUGCCAGAUUCUGAAGUAGAAAAACUGUUGAAAUUGUUUACAUUUAUACCCAUGAAAGAAAUUGAGUACCUAAUGGAUGAGCAUCGGAAAGAACCUGAAAAAAGGAAAGCCCAAACUAUGUUGGCGGAAGAUGUUACCUUAUUGGUGCAUGGAGAAAAGGGAUUGAAGCAAGCUGAAACAGUAACAAAUGCUCUUUACAAUGGAAAUGUUGAAGGUCUUGCAGAACUAAACCCCCAAGAAGUGCAACAAACUCUGGGUGGAGCAACCCUUGUGGAAAUUUUGGCAGAACCGGAAAUGACUAUGAUAAAAAUGGCAAUGCAAGCCAAAUGUUUUCCCACCGAAGCUGAUGCAACAAGAAUUAUAACCGCAGGCGGUUUCUAUGUCAAUCAAAAACGUACCCAAAAUAUAUCGGAAAUAGUAACAAGCGGUACACAUGUCCUCAAAAAUGGCAUAACUCUUCUAAGAGUGGGAAAACGAAAUUUCUAUAUUGUUAGAUGGCUUAAAUAGUUGUUAUUAAUAAAAAGUAUUGAUUGUUUUAGUUAAA